UCGACGCUUGGGACCUUAUACGGAUAAACACCUAGCCAACUAUACGUACCUACAAAUGACAUCAUCGAUGAACAUAACUGUAAUAUGUUCACACGCCGCACUUGCGCCUAAACUGAGAACGGUAUGCCCUCUCCGACGGCACGCCCUCGCUGCAUCGUCGUCGGACGGACCAGAGAGGACCUCGUGUCCGGUUCUGGGUUGUCUCGCAGAAAGCUCGGCCGGAGUAAAGGCUGUUUGGUGAUGGUCUCGCUAUCCUGUUUGCUUGGAGGUUGCGUCGGGAAAGGGAUGCGGUCGUUGGCUUCCGAUCUGGAGAGGUUGGCGAGGCUGGGUUUUGUCGGGUUUGGAUCUGAUCGGAAUUUUUCAAUCGGGUUUGGUUCGUGUGGAUCCUGGGGAAGGUUUGGGAGAGGCGGCUCAUCUUUAUGGGGUGCAGGGAAUGAUGAAGGGCUGGUAGGUCGACCUGCGUUCGCCUGCUGCAAAGGAGGUACCGGCGGAGGCACUACCGGUGAUGGAAUGACAAGGAAGAUGCAGACGCUGUGGCCAGUGGCGGUCUGCUACUUAGGCUUCGGCUAGAUGUAGGUUGGGCUUGGGCUUUGGCUCUUGGCCCAGUUUGUCUAUAUUUUUAUGUUAU